AUGUCGCAAGACCUGUUCGACUUGGAUCCCGGCCCCCUUAACUAUGUAGCUCCGUGGAUGACCUUCUCCAGUCCGUUGCUACCAUCGAUCCUACAGCCAGCGAUGGAAACGCCAUCGCCCGUUUCGAGUUCCGCUGCGUCGAAGCCGUCUACGAACGACCAAGGGGAUACCCCGGCACGAAAACGACAGAGACUAACGCCCAACGACCUGCCCGGUGCCAUCGACUUGACUAGCUCGGUUGGUGAACAUGACUCGGGCUCGCCUUCAGCAGCGCCACAUGCUAGAGCGGAUCAAGACCAAACCCGCCUAGGCGGCCUAGUCACGCAGCGGGUGUCUAUAAAGGAAGGAAUGGCGGCCGCUAAGCAUCUCGCAUUAGAGGCGAUACGACCAACUCCCACCAAGAAAGGAUCCAAGUCGCUCCCCUCCCGCGAGACAACCAAGCGGCCCCACGGAAUCAAGAGUUUUGAUAAUGCAAACUCCAUUGAGAUUACGAAUAGAAAACUAUUUAACGAAAUGGGGGUGGCGAAGCCGAACCCGAAGCGCGGCGGGCUGUCGGAUCCGAAUCCCCUCGCUGAUCUUCUCGAUGAGGAUGUCUCGGAGUGGUUCAUGCCAGCCCCGGACCUGCCGAAUGAGUUGGAUCCCUUCUUGGCGCCCUUUUCGUCCUUCAUGCCCUUUGAUCUAGAUUAA